GUUGUGACGCAAGGGUGACGCAGGCGUAACACCGGUUCUGCCGCUCCCGAGGCGCUCGAGCUGUCCCAGACGCGCUUCCAAGGAGCGGUAGCUAGGCCUGUGUUGCCAGGCCCGGGCUGCCCCCAGGCUUCUGCUGCCAGCUAUGGACGACUACGCGGUCCUGUCGGACGCUGAGUUGGCCGCCGUGCUGCGCCAGUACAACAUCCCGCACGGACCUGUUGUGGGCUCCACUCGCAAGCUCUAUGAAAAGAAAAUCUUCGAGUACGAGACCCAGAGGCGGAGGCUCUCGCCCUCGAACUCGAACUCGUCCACAUCCUCUUUCUCCUUUCGGUUCUCCGACUUAGAUUCAGCAUCGGUGGACUCGGAUAUGUACGAUCUGCCCAAGAAGGAGGACGCCUUACUUUACCAGAGCAAGGGCUAUAAUGAUGACUACUAUGAGGAGAGUUACCUGAGCACCAGAACUUACGGGGAACCUGAGUUCGGGGGCACAUCCAAGGGCUUCCGCCAGCACUCAGCUGCACUCUCAGAUGCUGACACCUUUCACCACCAGGUGCAUGAUGACGGUCUUUUCUCUUCUGAAGAGGAGGGCAAGGAUGGGGAACGCCCCAUGUAUGGCCGGGACAGUGCCUACCAGAACAUCGCGCACUACCGCCCAGUUUCCAACAUUUCCAGAAGCUCCCUGGGCCUGUCUUAUUAUCCCACAUCCUCCACCACUCCCGUGUCCUCGUCUUCAUCUUCUCCCCCAUCAUGGCUCACCCGCCGUGCCAUCCGGCCAGAAAAGCAGGCCCCUGGGGCUGGUCUGGGCCAGGACCGCCAGGUCCCACUCUGGGGCCAGCUGCUCCUUUUCCUGGGAUUUGCUGCCUUCCUGCUCUUAGUGUACUACUCCAUGCAGGCUGAGGAUAGCAACCCCUUCUGGACGGAGCCCUGAGGGUCGGUCUGGCUUCAUGGCCAGCUACUCUUGGAAGUUCUGGCCAAUUGCCUUAGCAGUGUUUGCUUGGGGAGGGGGUGGGUUUUUUUUUUCUGUGUUCUAGCUUAGGGGUGCUGGGCCUGGCCUGGGGUAGUGCUUGCUCCCCCUGCCUUGUCCUGCCAGGGAGGCAGCAGACCCAGGCCCUCCAUAGCAUCAUGGGCCUGGGUGGGCCUUCCUCUGGAGUCUCCUGACCCUGCUUGCCUCUGAUCCUUAGGACCACCCAGGAGGGGCAAGACCCUUCUGGAGAGGAGAACAUAGUUAUUGUCAUUGCAUGCCUCCUGUUCUUGUCAUCUUGUUGUGGGGAUUAACCAAAGGCCACCCUGAUUCUUGUUUUCCUGGACACACAAUAAAAAGACCAUUUAUUUUUAA